AUGCGUUGCGCUUACUAAAUGUGCCUUUAGUACGCUGGAAGAAAGCGACUGCUUAGUAAAUAUGUUAAAAAUUUAUCAAUCUUUCAGAGGCGUUUAACAGAAAAUCACACAAUAAUAAUACUUGUUGUUUGUUUAGUCACGAAGCUGCUUCUUCUGCUAAAUAUAAUUUAAUGUUUGUUGACAUAUGCUGGGAAACUUACAAAUAAUUUCCACAAAAUACGUUUACGACAAUUUGCAAAACAGUUUGCAAAAGAUAAUUCAAGUUAGCAUAAAUCAUGGAUGAGAUCGAAUAUAAGUUAAAAUCACAAGAUCCUGCUUUGAUAUCACAUGCAAUAUCCAAACUUGUUCAGACAACCAUAGAAAAGGCAAAGAUAGAAGAGGAUAUUGCAAAAAUACCAGAAUUCCAAGCACUCAUUUCAAAAUGCAGGAACGAUGACUCCAUAGUCAGUACAACAGCCUGUCAAGCAUUGAUUAUACUUGUUGAAGCUAGAUUGUAUGCUUCUAAGUCUGCGAUAGCAACUUUCUUAAGUGUGUGCUCUCCAAAGAAUUAUGAUUCAGUCACUGUGGCUGUGAGUGAAUUGUUAAUGUUAGGCAGCAAGGCAUACGAUGAGCCUAACGAAUAUACCCUUCAAGCACCUAAUCAACAUCCAUUUAUCACAAUUCUGAAUCAUGAGAAGCACAGUUGGCGAACGGUGCUGAUUCAGAUGAAGCGGAUCAUGCAUCAUAAUAAUAAAGAGCUCAUAAAAUGGCGUAUGAAACUGUUGCAGCCUGUAUUCCUGUACAUACUGUGCAAUCCUUCUGCGGACUUGGACGACAGUUUCAAGCGACAAGCGUGGCAACUUGUGAUCGAGUCCAACGACGCCUCGGACUUACAAGUAGAAAUCUUACUUUGGCUGUGCACCAAUCAGACACAUUCCUGCAUCGAUACGAAUUGCAGAGUGCUCGAGCUCGCGGAGAUAUCGUUGCUGAAGAAAGACAUCAAGUGCUGUACAGCGCUGGUGCCUCUGAUCACGUCUUUGACGGUCAAUUGUUUGGAACACGGUCAUCAGCCGACGCCAAAUUUUUCCAUGAUAUUUGACAUAAUGGAACAAUGCUGUGACGACUCCAUAGGAGACAUCAUGAUCAUUUUAACGGCCGAAAUUAUUCUCAUAUGCCCAGCCACUUACCUGUUGAAAGUUUUCGAUAUAUGCAGAGUUAUCAUGGACAAGAUGCCGUGCAACGUUGCAUUACUACACGCACUGGCUGCGGCCUUGCUGAAGUGGCUGGCUUAUCCGUCGCUGUUGUGCCGAGAAUUGUUGCCGGCGGCGAAGGAACUGAUAAACAAAAUCUUGCAAAGAAAAGAAACGACUGGUCGUCGUGUUAGCACCUCCAACGAGCUGCUGCUUACGUUCGGCCACAGCAACAGCCACAUUCGAAUCUACACAGAGCUCGUGCGCAGUCUGCACUCUCUGGAGGAGGACGACUUUGAGUCCUGGCUGGAGAAUUUCUCGCUCGCGCCGGUCGAUCUGCGGUACAUGUGCAAGCUGGUCCUGUGCGGGAUCUUCCUGCUCAGCGACGAGUGCCACAUCGUGAGAAAGUCCUGCGGGAUUCUCGUGCAACUGGUGCGCGAGAUCAACGCCUUCGCGUCGCACAUGCUGUCCUUGCUGUUGCACAAACUGACGAAGAGCCGCGACAGCGCCAUGUGCAAGUGUCUGCUGCUGGCUCUCCCGGAGUUCGUCGCGUUCAAGGAAAACCAGCGGAUCGUCAUUUACACUUUGAACUCGCUGGUGAACAGCGACACGUCCCUGCGAUAUUUCGCCGUCCAGCUGUACGCGAUAGCAUUGGAGAAGGAGCCGCGUUGCCAGCGCUUUGCAUCCGACGCCUUGAUUGACCUGGCCAAGGAGACUGGCCACGACUGGCACUCGGACGUGGCGUGCGCCCGGGCGAUAAAACAUGUCUGCGGCAGCCGGCCCGAGCUCUGCACGGACUUCGUGCCGCUGCUGUCUCAGAUCCUGAACCGCUGCCACGACCAGAACGGCGGCACGGCCAGCGCGCUCGCGCUCGACAGCAUCUCGUUGCUGUGCGAGUCCGCUGUGAUAGGUGUUUGCUCAACGUGGAAAUUGUUAGCGCCGAAGAUGCGCAAAGAGAAGCGCACAAUAAUCCUGGAGAGCUUGUGUAGACUCUUCGCAGAUGUACCUUCCUUCCCGUUCAAGUCGGACGACGACUACGAGAGCCUCUUCGUCGACGUGGUGCCACUACUAUGGAGCUACGUGGUCAGCGGGGACAUGAGAGUCGCCGAGUCGGCGCUCAGGGCGUUGAAAUCCUACUCUUUCGCGCGAAUCCCCCUGAACGCCUUGCCGCUGGACUUCCGGAUGAACGUUACGUUGCCUCGCGUAUAUUACGAGAAGGCGGCCAGCAAGGACGUCAAUCCCGAGGACAUGUUACAGUAUGUACCGGGCGCUUGCUGGAUACAGAUGCUGAAGAACGUGAACAGGAGUAUCCUGCCGGUGGCCGGGGACCUUCUGAUCUCCUACAUCGAGGAAGAGCUGGGCACCUACAAGUCGCAGAUAUACAACUGGUCGCAAGGAGAACCGUGUAACUUCAAAUAUCUGCCAGAGAGAAGCGUGAUCAGGGCGGUCGGUGAACAUCUGAGGCGAAGCGACCCGACGGAUCCGAAUGAACAGAGGGUCAUCCUGGAGUGCAUGAGGAUAUUCGCCCACAAGUAUACGAAACUAUUGCCGAACGUGAAGUGGGAUUUCCUGAGUAAAACCAUGCAGAUCUCGGAGACGGCCAAGGAGUACGGUCUGUUCAUCGUGAGCCGUCACUCGUACAUCUCGCUGUCGGCGAAACUCUUGGUGGAGAAUUGCAUGUCAAAAUACAGGUCGGCGAUCUUCAAGCCCGCGUCGGACGCCGGUCUGCUGUUGGUGAACGAAAAACAUCUAGCGUUCUACGCGAACCUGCACGAGAUCUGCCGGGCCUUGCCACCGAACGAUCUGAAGCACUUCCUCGAGAUCUCCCUCGACUACGUCGUCGACAAGAUGUCGCUUAAUGACGAGAAAGCGGCCGCUUCGUUCGAUCGCAUUAUGUCUUCUUACGCCACAGUUUUGAACAGCGACGCCACGCACCUGGGCAAUCGUACGCUGUUGUACACCAUACUGAAGAACGUCUUCCAGAACGUCGAUCUAACAUCGACUCGUUUCCACAAGUAUUUCACGGCCGUGAUGGAGCUCUCGGCCGACGAAGUGGAGCGAAUGACGUCGCCCAGUCUCUGGUGGUGGGAAGGAACGCCGGAGAAGCUGAGGAACGCUAUCGCUGUCAGAGUAGAGCUGGCCUCGAAGAGAUUCACCGAAACGCCGCUCACUUGGCUGAAUGAACCUAUCGACGUGGUCGCGUCCAAUUCUACAGGGAUGCGGAGGUAUUUGUUGGAAGGAGUGCAGAGGGUGUUGGCUGAAUUGAGGUAUACGACGGACAAGUACUGUGUGGACUGGAUCGUGGAGUUCAUGAGCCGCAUCGACAUGCUCAUGUUGGAGUCGCCCGACGAAAAAGACCAGAUCGCUUUCUACUGUGACACUUUAUUCAUCUCGGUUAUCUGCUUGUCCGGCAUGGACUGUCUCCUGCCGAGAAAGGAAUUGUUGAGCGCUUCACAAGAUUGCAGGAUACGACUGUUCCCGCAAGCGCUCUUCGUGCUCGUCAACAAGCAAAUUUGGAAAUCCAUAACUCGUCUGAUCAUGAAUUGGCUGAACCACAUGAGGACCAGUUCCGUACCUGAUGUAUAUAGACCUGCGUUUCAAAGCGCGUUAAUCUUAUUAAGACAUGAAAAAGACUAUAUGUUACAGUGGACAAGUUACCUGUCCGUUAAAACUUGUAUCCCAACAUAACUAUACGCGUGUACAACUAAAUGUAUUUACACGAGAUAUUUUUGUAUAAAAAAAGGGAAGAUUAUAUACGUUCACGGUA